AUGGGGGUUACAGUCGAGAAUGAGCCCAUUGAAGGUCAGGACCCGAACUACAGCUUCAACUGCCUGAACUUAACCGGUCCUACGGAACGGGAUUUCGUGAAACUCAAUUUGGGUCCGACCCUCGCGAAGGCCGGGUAUGGCAAAGACAAACUCAAUCUAAUGGUAUUCGACGAGAAUCUCAACGGUUUCCAAAAGUUCGUACCGCCUAUACUAGAGGACAGGGAGGCGGCUAAAUACGUGUCCGGCAUAGCCUAUCACUGGUAUAACAACAAAGAGAUGGGUGGUUAUCCCGAUGGAUUCCUAUCGGAAAUACAGCACAACUACACCGAUAUGUUUCUACUGAACUCCGAGGCCUGUCAUCUCGAGAGAGUGGUAUUAGGGCAGUGGAGUGCCGGCGAAAAAUAUGCCUUCGAUAUCAUUAGGGCUCUGAAUAAUUUUGUGAGGGGUUGGGUGGAUUGGAAUAUAGCGCUGGACAUGAAUGGUGGACCAAGGUGGAAUGAGAAAAAGGGUUACGGGGGUACUUUGAAUAUAGACCCGGCUAAGGGGGAGGCCUACAAACAGCCCUCGUUUUACAUGAUCGGACACUUCAGCAAAUUUAUUCCUCCAGAAUCGGUACGAAUCGGACACACAGUCGACAAAUCGGUGCCGAGUUUUACGGUCCUCACAGUCCAGAGACCCGACAAUCAGACGGUUUUGGUGGCACUCAAUGCCCGCGCCGACGAUAUUGUGCUC